AUGGUUGCAAGCCUCUAUCUCUGGUGCAAGUUUCAACAUUUUAAUGAAAUCAUUUUACAGAAACAACAAAGCAUGCAAAGAUUAAUGACUCAAGUAUAUUAUUCAAAGAUAUCUUUGACUGGCUAUAACUUUUUUGCUGUAACUCGUAAUUUGACAUUAGCAAUCAUAGGAACACUGAUCACCUAUGAGUUAGUGUUGUUUCAAAUGUGA